CACGAAAACACAUGUGCGAGCAGACGAGUCUUCCAAAACAAAAAGUCAUAUGUCAACAUGGCGGCUAAUAUUAAAAUUUCAAGUUUUCAAAAAAGAAUAAAACCAUCAAAUCCAAACAUUUUAGGUACCAAAAUAUCUGCUGUAAACAGUACGCUUAAUGUGUCCUUUGGUGUUACUUCACUGGAUCAGAUUAUUGAUGGCGGUUUACCGCUGGGGUCACUUUGUGUAGUCGAGGAGGAUAUCUAUGGUUCAUAUGCCAAAAUAAUUACAAAGUAUUUCCUGGCAGAAGGAGCUAUGCAAAAGAACUUUCUAUUAUCUGCUUCAUUAAAUGAAAAUCCAUGGGACCUUCUCAAUAACCUGCCAUCUCCUGUGACAGAACCCAGAGAGACAAAUAUAAUUGAAAACAGGGAGGAAUUGAAGAUAGCAUGGCGCUAUGAGAAUCUUACUUUAGAAGACAACAAUCAGCGAUUAGGCAAUGCCUUUGAUUUGUCCAUACCUUAUGUCAUGCCUGAAACUCAAAAGGCCAAUUUAGCAGUCUGGGGUGAGACAGUUACACCCAAUUUACAAAGAGGAACAGGAACACUUAAAAAUUCCAAUUGUUUAAGUUUACUAAAGGCGAUCGAGGAAGCUAUUAAAAAGUGGGAGCUGGAUUCGGGUACUAGCCCUAAUCUAUUAAGAAUUGUGGUCUCUUCGUUUGGCUCCCCUUUUUGGCAGUUUGAUGAAAACAAAAGUAGCCUUUCUACGGACUUUACGGCUACACUGUUACUGCUCAAAUCAAUAGUGCGAUCAACCAACGCAGUAGCUUUAGUAACCAUUCCUCAUCAAUUGUUAAACCAAAGUUUGGUUUCUCGGAGUCGGCAUUUGGCUGAUGUCGUAAUUCAACUAAAAUCGUUGCGAGAAGAUCCUCACCUCCGUGAUCUGAUGGACGUCCACGGCAUCCUCGAAUUAAAAAAGGUGGCAAAUCUAACAUCACUCAAACCCAUCUUAGGUCAGGAUGGGACAACCACUUACGGAUUCAAAGCCACUAAAAGGAAGUUCAAAAUAGAGAAGCUUCACCUUCCACCGGCUAUUGACGAUGACAAAUCAUCGCCUGACCACUCAUCAUCACUUGGUUGUUCAUCCGCUGCAUCAAAGACCAAUCUCGAUUUCUGAGAUGAAUCUGUCGGUUAUAUCAGAAAGCUCUUGUGUUUUUGUAAAUAUACGACAUGGGAGCCCUUACCUUUUCGCCAUUUUCCUUUUUUUUUAAAGUAAGUUUCCGUGCCACUCAUCUACUGACAUAGUCAUGUACCAUCUGCUGCACAAACCGCUAACUAUUCUGAAAGCUAAUGUCUAAAACGGAUGCGACUAUCUGUUUCGAAAUCGUUUUCUGGCGUGUGUGUUUUGGAAAACCCAAAGUCUGUGCUGAUUCACUGUCCAUUAUUCAUCAUUUUUUUUUUGAACGCACCUUUGCCUUAUUUACGGCGUGUCGCACGUUGCAACUGUCGUUCACAUACCGCGACACCACAUGUGAAUUACAGAUGUGGUCGGUUUGGAAGCCAACAAAACGCUUUAUAAAAGAGAACUGCUGGUAGAUUGUUACGUGCCAGAAAAAUAAAAACCACUACUAUCAGAAAAUGAACAAGUCCAUAGCUGCAGUUCUCGUGCUAGUGUGCAUCCAGCUAAUUAUCGCGAGUAGCGAACAAGCAUCUGUUCCAGAAGCGCGAGAGUUGCGUCAUCACGGACACGGUAACCAUUACCACGCUCAUCGAUGUCACGGUCGUAACAAAAAGAGGUGCUCUACUACAUCGACAACAACAACGUCAGCCGGUACUGUAACAGCAGAAACAGUAACAUCUGACACCACCACUGAGGUUCCAUAGAAGUCCAGAUUAUAAUUUUUACCUUUUUUUUUUUUUUUUUUCUUGAGACAUUAUUAUAAUAAUGAUAUCUGCCCCAAUCCUGUUGGCGUUCUAGUAAUAAAUUGUUUCUUUCCCAGGA